CCAGAUGUACGUGUGCUGCACCCGGGAUCCGAAGUGGAAGACAAAUGAAACCCACAUCAAACUCCUCCCUCGCCAACACGGCGACCUCACCAUCUCCUACGACGUCCUCCAAGCCUACCCCAACAAUUACUUAGCCCAAGUCACCAUGGAGAACCACCACCCCCUCAGCCGCCUGGACAACUGGAACCUCAGCUGGGAGUGGAUGCGUGGAGAGUUUAUCUACUCCACAAAGGGCGCCUACACCCUCGUCAAAGAUCCCACCGCCUGCAUCUACGGCCAAGCUGCCGACUAUUACGAAAGCCUCGAUUUUUCCAAAGUUAUGAGUUGCCAGAAGCGCCCCACACUUGUUGAUCUUCCCCCUGAACGAAAACAGGACAGGGAGCUCGGGAACAUACCUUACUGUUGUAAAAAUGGCACCUUGCUUCCGCCAAACAUGGAUCCAUCGCUCUCCAAGGCGGUGUUCCAGCUCCAGGUGUACAAGCUGCCUCCAGAUUUGAACAGAACUGCGCUUAAUCCGCCUUAUAAGUGGGAGAUAAGCGGCGUUAUUAACCCGCAUUAUAAGUGCGGUGCACCGAUUCGAGUUGCUCCGGCGGAGUUUCCUGACCCUUCCGGACUCACGUCGGAAUCAAUUGCGCUCGCUAGCUGGCAG